AUUACCUCAAGGAACUGGUGUUGAAGUGCUCGAAUGCAGAAAAGAAAAGUCGUAUGGUUUACUCGUAAACAAAUCAGCUGGAAGACAUUGCUGCCGCAAAUCGGUGCCCCGUCCUUCAAAUAUGACUUUUGAAGGCUUCUUGAGCCUGGAUUAUUUCACUGUGGUAUGAUUGAUACUAGCGAAAUACUGGAUCUUACCGACGGAACUAACGGGGAACGGUCAAACGAUGACCAUCACGCUCAGGCAGUCCUCGGCUCGGGGCAUCCCCUUUUACCCGGCAGACAAUCCACCCCAACUGCCUCAGCCCUACUGUCAGGGCCCCACGACUUAGACGAUAUCUCCAAGGAGGAUCUGAACGCCUCCGGGUCCAUGGUAGACAGUGACUUCAAAGAUGUCAAAGUCGGUUUCGAAGAACUAUGCCCUGUGUGUGGGGACAAAGUCUCAGGCUAUCACUAUGGACUUCUCACUUGUGAAAGCUGCAAAGGUUUCUUCAAGCGGACGGUGCAGAACAAGAAAGUCUACUCGUGUGUGGACAAUCGUAACUGCCAGAUAGACAAAAGCCAGAGGAAGAGAUGUCCAUUCUGUCGCUUCCAGAAAUGCCUCAAUGUUGGCAUGAAGCUGGAAGCGGUGCGCUCGGAUCGAAUGCGUGGUGGCAGGAACAAGUUCGGUCCCAUGUACAAGCGCGACCGCGCCCUGAAACAGCAGGCAGCCCGCCAACAGGCCCAUGUCUUGCACGGGCCAUGCGGGGAGCUCUCCCUGAUGGGCAAUGGGCUGCUGGGUAGUGGGGCUUCCCCUGGCUCGCCAGAAGACGUGAAGCCCGACCCCUUGCUUUUGCAGGCCAGCCUGAGCGUGUAUGCGGGUGCCCCUCCCACUACCUCCGCCUUCAUGCCUGGGCUCAUCCCGGGCCUCAACUGCCUCUCCUCCAGCGCUGCCGCCCCGGCCCCACCCCCUGGGUCUUCGGUCACGGCGGUCAGCCCCGGUGGGCUGGGCAUGGGUAUGUCCUCCUCCCCACCACCACCUGCCCACCCCCACCAGCUCGCCCAGUCUGGCCACCCACCAGCCCACGUGGGUGCAAGAUCUGGCGGGGCGGCCACACCUCAGGGCUUCUCUUCUCACAACUUUGGACACAUCACCGCGCUGGCUGUACCUCAACCCCACAGCCCAAAGUCUUCGCAGUUUUCACAGCAACAGCAACAGCAGCGUCACACCAGUGGUGGGAACCACCACCUACAGCAGCAGCAGCAGCAGCAGCAACAACAACAACAACAACAACAACAACAACAACAACAACAACAACAGGAUCCACAUCAUCAUGGGUCAGACAACAGUCCCUUGGGGCGGGGAGAGUCUAGCCCUCCCAGCCACCACCACAACGGCCACCAUCACCAACACCAACAACAACAGCAACAACAACAACAACAACAACAACAACAACAACAACAACAACAACAACAACAACAACAACAGCAUCACAUGCAGGCGCUGGCAGACAUUCAGCUCCAGAGCCCCAGCUCCCUGCAUGGUCUGGUCGGGCAGAACCGACAUGGUGCUAUGUCCGCUACGGCUACCAAUGGCAACAACAACAACAACAGCGUCAACAACAAUAACAAUACCAACAGUUCCAUGGGCUCAGGGAUGCGGGAUAGCGAGUCUGGGGGGUUCCUGCCCGCCCCACAGCCAAAUCCCAAUGUGAUAGAAGCUUUGCGGGCCUUCCAGGGUGCUGGUGCCUCGGGCCAGCAGGAGCGUUCAGUUCUCUCCUCUCUCAUCGCAGAGAUCAAGGCCACCAUGGUGGACGAAAAUGAGGUGAAGCAGAAGAUGCUGAGCUUUAUGCAGAACGAGCUGUCUCAGACGGAUAUGGGCUCCUCUCCUGAGCAGUUCCUGCCUGUCCUCUGUCGUAUGGUGGACCAGUUGCUGUUCCUUAUGGUGGAGUGGGCACGCAACUCUUCCUUCUUCAAGGAGAUCAAGGUGGAGGACCAGAUGAAGCUGCUCCAUCACAGCUGGAGUGAGAUCCUCAUACUGGACUUCAUCUACCGGCAAAUCCACAAUGUCUGGUCCAGGGAGAUCAUUACUCCUAGUGGCCCCAACAUCAGCUUUGAGGUCCUGGACAAACUUGGGCUAGGUGAUGUCAAGGCGCGACUCUUUGAGCUUAUCAAGAAAGGUCGGGAGCUGAAGAUGGACUUCAACGAAUACAUGUGCCUUAAAUUUAUCAUCUUGCUCAAUCCAGAUGUGUCCAACUUGGACAACCGUGGCUUCAUUGAGCAGAGCCAGGAGAAGGUGAACUUGGCACUGUACGAGUACUGCCUCAUGUGCUACCCGGAGCUGGUGGACAAGUUCAGUCAGCUGCUCAUGCGGCUGCCGGAGAUCAGGCUCAUCUCUAUACGCACUGAGGACUUCCUCUACUUUAAGCAUCUCAGCAACGAGGUGCCCGACCAGACCCUGCUCACUGAGAUGCUGCACGCUAAGAGGAAGUGACCGCCCGCCCGCCCUACCACCCCACCGCCACCCUCCCUCGACUUCUGCCUGUCGAGCACCCCCUCCCCCCUCGCCCCCGCCCUAUCUUGACCACUUCAUGGCCUCGUGACCUCAUAAACUUUUGUGGUCUAAUUUUUUUACCUCAUGACCUCUUUUAAGCCACAUGACCUCCUGACCUCUCAUUGACCUCUAGACCGUACUCUUCAGUACUCUGCUGUGUGAUCCUCUAGAAAAUGGAAAGUCACAGGGACAUGUGAGUGAGGAGAUGCUCAUAAUUUUUCUGUGAUUGGGUAUCUUCUUUAACUCAUGAUUCCAUGUGUUGGUUUCUGUUGCUGCCAGGGGCUAUGGUGUGGCUGAUAACAAUUGCAGGGGUUGAAGUCGGGGGAAAAAUAUAUUUUGAACAUUUAGGAAACUCCCUUAUCUCAAAUUCAUCUGCAAAUGUUAGCUUCCUCACGGGAGGUGAAAGAUACCAAUUUUAUUUCAUAUUGAUAUCAUUAUGAAGAUUCUGUUGAGUAAAUAUGUUUUAAAGCUUUGAAAAGUUGAAUGAUCUGAAGGCCAAGACAGCCAGUAUCUGUGAAGUAGUUAUGUCCUGUCCCUCCUUGUAAACUCAUUGGGAAGAUAUUUUUCAGUCUUUGUGUUAGGAUGACAUAUCUCGUACUACCAAAAUUGACCCAGAGAGUCAGGGUAGAAGGAACCAGCCUCUUGUGUUAUCCAAAUUAAGAUGACAGUAGUGUCGGACAUCUGCAAUAAGGUUCAGACAUAAAGGGAAACAUUUUUCUUUUAAAAAAUCAGCAGGUGCUUCCAGGAAUGUUACUCAAGUAACUGUACUAUCUACUUGCUUUAUAUAUCUGGUUGCUGUGCUGGCAGAUAGUGGUGAUGUUCCUGUUUUGAAAGCAAGGGCAUUGCUUGGAGGAAUGUUACCAAAGUACAAGGUAUCCAUAACUGUAUAAAGACGGUAAUAACAAAAAGUUGUAUAAAAAAUAACCCUGCUGAAGUACAGAUGUUAGUAAAGAUCCUUAUCCUUUUUUCUUAAAAAAAAGAGAAUAAGGUAGAAUGUAAUGAAGAGUCAAGUGUUUACUUGUUUGACUCGUAGACCAGAAUGAGGGAUGAGGUAACUGUGGUUUAUCUAACCACACGACAGUGGCAGAGUGUCCUGCAGAAAUUGGUCAGGGGGCCUUGUGGCAAUGGAGGGGGUCAGAGUUUGUCACUGACAUGUGACCAGCGCCUUGCGGUGAGGGAGAGGCCACACAGUGGUCAAUGAGUGGACUUUGGGCCCUCUCUGACACCAGCAGUGUUGAUGAUCUACCUUGGAUGGGUGUCUGUUUGUGUGUAUGUGUGUGUGUGUGUGUGUAUGUGUGUGUAUAUGAGUGUGAGUGUGUGAGAAAUGGACCUGUUUCAAAAGAGGACAAAUGCUCUCUCUUUCUCUUAAAUAUGCUGAGAGAGACACACACAUGUCAUACACACACACACACACACACACGCACUCACACAGGCACCCACAUCUACAACUGUUCUGUGCUGUUCUGACUAAUGAUGUGACCACCAUCGUUGGCAACGCUUACGGGUUCUUUGUUCUUUAUGUAGUGUGUAUUUGUCGUUUCAAUGCACAAACUGUGUAUACACGCAUACUUCGUCUUUUUUUGCCAAUGUUAUAGCUGCACCUCACUUUUUUGUGGCCAUAUGUGGUCAUUUUUAUGCCGACUCGCCGUAGAAGACAACUUGAUGAACCUCACUCUUUGUUUAUACCAUCUACCACUAAAUGGACUUUUCCGACGAUGGAGCCUUGAUAAGUGACAGGGACAGGUUGACAGACAAGGACCACCCACUGAUUCAAGUGCAUUCGCCUUUGACCACGUCCAUGAUAAUGGCGCUGACCUGGAUUUGGUUUCGAUCAACUAGUGUUUAGAGAACUCUUCACGGGCUCAAGGCCAUGAGGUUCUGUCUGUGAUACGUGUACUGUAUCGCAGGGUGAAGGUUUUGGCUGGGGGCCCUCGAUGUGCGUGAUGUUGCUGCUGAGUAUAGCUUUGUAAUCAAGGCAAUUUGCUGGAUGAAGGUAUUUUA